AUGGACGAAUUAAAGAAGCCCAGUGCACGAAAGAAACUUGACGUGCAAGUAACUGAAACUAAGAAAGAAAAUGAAAAGGGUAAUGAAAGCAUUCCCAAUGUGUAUCACUUAAGAAAUAUACCCAAAACAACAUACUUCAGUAGCAGUGAUCGCAGCGAAGAUUUUUCUGCAGAUGAAUCUGAAUACAUACCUAGUUCACAGCGAAGAAGCGUCGAUACGUUGAGUAGUUUAUCGAGUCUGGGCGGAGAUUCCCCUCGUAUAGAAGCCAUGUCUGAAAAGAUAUCGCGGGCUCCGUCUGUUAUAUCAAACCUUUCUUCUAUAUUAGGCGAUUGCGACUUCGUAGCCUCGCCAAUUGUUAUUUACAAAAGUAAAAGUACUCAGAGUACACCGAGCUCUAAAAGGCAUAAAACAAGUGAACAGAAAGAACAAAUCCAAAUCUUGGAUAUUACUUUGAACCCUCCAAAAAUGUAUACAGAAUUUCAAUGUAUUGAAAAAUCUUUUGAUAAUAGUUCUGCCAUACCUGAUUCCGAAUCUUUGAUGGAUGAAACACUCGUAGGUGACUUAGAUAGCUCACCAUCACUUCUAGGCAAAGCUGAUGAUACACUGACAGAGGACGUAAACACUAUUAAUCUACUAUCAAUUGAAGAAGACGCUUUAAAUGCUAAUACUAAUAAUGAAGAAAUAAAUAAGGAAUUUCAUUUAGAAAUAAAUAAACAGGCUGUUAAGAAAGAUACAGGAAUCCUAAAUACAAACACUGGCAAUGAAACUCAUCAGUCUCUCUCUAUAACUAUAGAAAUUACUCCUGGAACCCCAGAGGACGUACAAACCUAUGAUGAUGUGCCUAAAUCACCAAAAAACUUUGAACGGCUUCAGGUUGAUAUUCACCUUGACCCGAACAACGCAUAUAGAGAUCAAAAAACUCCCAAACUAAAUGGUCAACUUUUAAAAAGCGUACAUACAGACGAAACUCACCCUAUUCAAAGAAAACCUGAAAUACCAAACCAUGGCAGUUUUGACCCGAAAGACACACGAGAGGGUUCCAUAAUUCCAGAAUUACCCGAGCCCUACGAAAAAGUUCAACAAAUAUCAUCACAUGCAGAAAAACUGCAGCCUAUUAAAAAAACACCUGACUUAUCGAUUGAAAGCGAAGAAGCUCAUUACCCAAAACAGCCACAUUUUAAUCAAACAACACCAGACUUACCGGACUCUAAUGAACACGUUCAACAUUUAGACCCUAGAAACACAGACGAUCCUCAGCCUAAUCAAACAAUACCUGAAUUAUUAGAUGAUCACGAACAAGAACAAGCUUGUUACCAAGAUGAUAACUAUUCAGACCAAGAAACACCCGAAUGCCAGAAUAACGAACAAGAAACUUCUCGAUGUUCAAAUAACGACCGUGUACCACGUAAAUCUUUAUCCUGUGACCAUGUUCUUCGAAAUAAUUCUUCAUUGAACAUAAAUGACAAUCAAUCAAAUCCAUCGACUUCAACGAGCAUCAAUAGAUGGACAUGUGAAAAUGACAUAGAAAACAAUUCUCAAAACUCGAAUUCUGGAAAAAAGAUGAGUAGAAAAAGAAAAAGAGAUCCUGCAACAUGGAAUGACAGAGUAAAUAAGACACUAAAGAAUUCUGGGAAGAAAUAUAUUGGAUGCAGAAAUAAAAAAGAGUUUCCUGAAAAAACAAUGAUUACUACUGGUUGUUCAUGCAAAAAAAAAUGUGGUAAUUUAAUAUCAUCAGAGGAAAGAGAAGAGAUCUUUAAAUCGUAUUAUAGACUAGGAGAUCAUGAACGACAAUGGCAAUUUAUAGUGCAACACACUUCAGCAGAACCUAUAAAACGUAUGACAUUGGACCGCAAGAAUAAUAGAAUUCAAAGCGUAAAAUACUAUUUACCCAUAAAUAACACAAAAUUACAAGUAUGUCGUCUAUUUUUCAAAAACACAUUGAAUGUAACACAUCAAACUAUAUAUACUGCUUUAGAAAAAGCUCAAUCUGCAGAUGGUUUUCAUGACCAAAGAGGACGUCAUAAAAAUAGACCACGGCGCAUGACUACGUAUACUGAAGACAGUAUAAAGAAUCAUAUUGAACUAUUCCCCACAAUUGAAUCACAUUAUGUCAGAGAAAAAUCCCAAAAAUUGUACCUUUCAACACACUUAAAUAUUUCAAAAAUGUAUCGUUUUUAUAAAGAUUGGUUCAAGAAUCAAAAUUACGAUGAAGACAUAGAGAUGGGAACACUAAGACAAUACCAAACUGUGUUUAAUACUCAGUACAAUUACUCCUUUUUUGUGCCCAAAAAAGAUUUAUGCGGUAAGUGUGAAUUAUAUAAACAAGCUGAUGACGACAAGAAACAAUUGUUGCAAGAAGAUUAUGAUAAACAUAUAAAAAACAAAGAAAGAGCUCGGAAACUGAAAGAGGAAGAAAAGAAGAACCUUGAUCGUAAUAAAAGUACAGUUGCAAUUUUCGAUUUGGAGAAGGUGUUGAGUAUACCACAAUCUCAAGUAGGAAUAUUCCACUACAAAAGGAAAUAUCCAAUUUACAAUUUUACUGUCUAUAACUCAGUGCUCCGACAAGGAUUCUGUUACGUGUGGCACUAUCAACUAGCAAAAAGAGGAGCAAUUGAAAUUGGCAGUUGCUUGUGGCAGUUUUUGAACACUGAACAUGAACGUGGCAUUGAACAUAUUUCCUUUUAUUCUGAUGGUUGUGUAGGCCAAAAUAAGAAUAAAUUCAUAUUUGCUCUUUAUCUGUUUGCUGCCGCAAAGCUGAAAUUAAAUAUCACGCAUCGAUUCUUUGAAACUGGACACGGGCAAAGUGAGGCUGACAGUAUGCACUCUUGCGUAGAAAGAGAGAUCAAAAAUAAAACGAUAUACACCCCAGACCAAAUGUAUGCUUUAAUUCAAAAUGCAAAGGCUACCGGCAAUAAAUUUAUAGUUAAAGAAAUGGAACAGUCCAAUUUCUAUGACAUUAAAGUUCUUGUUGCGGGAAAACAUUGGGUGCGAGACGUACAAGGCAAUAAAAUUUUAUGGUCUAAGGUGAUGGAAGUAAAGGUGUUAAGCAAUGAACCAAAGAUUUUACGCUAUAAGUAUGAUUUUGAUAAUGAUUAUUCCAUUUUAAACACAGAAGUUUCUUCAAGAGUUAUGGGACGAGUCGGCCGUGGUCGAAAAACUGCAGCAGCUUCGACUGCAAUUGAUGAUGUUGAAGACUUAAAAUGUGCUUACAGUAAACCGAUUCCAGUUACUAAAGCUUUAUACAACGAUUUAAAGAGUUUGUGUUCAUGUGAGGCUAUACCUCGCCACUAUCAUUCAUUCUAUACGUCUUUGAUAUCGACAGAUCAAGAAGUAUUAUCAUCAGAAGAGGAGGACGAAUAA